AUGAAUGUGUUUUAUAUUUGGAGUUUAAUAUAUUUUGCUAUAAAUACUGUCUUUGGGAAAAUUACCGUUAAUAAAGUUAUAGUGCGCGUACCAAGGCCAAAUGAUAUCGGUCUUAUAUUCGAUUUAACCGUUAUUAACGCACCGUGCAAAGAGCGAGAGGCAUUGGAGUUUCGCAUACGUUCAGAUGGGAUGUGUAGCGUAAAUGUAACGGAGUGCAUAACCAUGAAAAAUGCUGGGCGCGUGGUGGGCGGUAACUUCGGGUUACUUGAUGCAGGUGCAGCAGAAGUCGUAUCAUUGAUCUGGCCUACUGUGUCACUAUAUAAUCGUGUUGGAUCCUGUCCCAUUAUUGUUACCGCUAAAAAUAUUCGAAACAUUGAGGAGCAUCAGAAGCAUACCAUACAUUUCGAUACACGUUUUACGACGCUAGAUCCCGAAGGACAUACGCUGCGAAAAAGACCUGACUAUAAGGAUUGUAAAAAUUGGGACAAGGAAUAUUUGAAAAAUUGCACACCUGUCAACUGUGAAGAACGUUACUUUGGACAGCGCAGUUUUUACAAUGAGACUACGCAACAUUGCGACGAGGUGCCAGCAUGUGACAAACCAAAUAUGAUUUAUAACUUUUAUACCAACGAAUGUUUUAUACCGGAAAAUUUUUUUACUGCUGAAGAUUUGAAAAAGAUACAAAGUGGUGAUUUCGUAGAUGAAAGUGCACAUGAAGAAGAGAUAGCGCAAGCAAAGACACAGGCAAGACGGCGCAGAGUCUACACAGUCUAUAGUAAAAACAGAGAAAACAUACAUGCCAUACUGGCUGAAAGGCAUUUUGGAGGGCCUAGCGGUAGUAAGUUCUCUUGGCGUAAAACGCUCUCUUCGCUAGAGAAUAAUACGAAAUUUUUUAUGAAAAAGGUUGGUGCUAUCAUCUUUUUGCAGGUUCUUGCCACGGUUGCUAUUUAUGUGCUCAUUUGUUUUGUGAUCUUUCUGAUUGUCACAUGGAUAUCACGUCGCCAAUGUAAAUGCAAUGCGGAUACUAGUUGUGUUCUGCGUUCGCCAACGGCAUCGGAUGGUGGCGAUGAGCCAUUGAUAACACCGUCCAGUUUACUAUCGCAGCGCUGAUUCAUGAGAAAGGCUGGAAAUAUGUAGAAUAC